AUGACGUACUCUCUCCGCGAUCGCAAUGCGCUGAUCACCGCUGGCUCUCGGGGAUUGGGCGCCGUCGUAGCCCAGAAGUUCGCUGCGGAGGGAUGCAACGUCGCCAUCAACUACGUUUCAAGCAAGGAUGCUGCCGAGAAGCUGGCAUCGGAUCUGCAGACUCAGUACAACGUCAAGGCUAUUGUCAUUCAAGGUGAUGCAAGUCUCCAGGGUGAUUGUAGCAGGGCUGUCAAAACCACCAUCGAGCAAUUGGGAGGCCUGGAUAUCGUCGUGUCAAAUGCAGGCUGGACAAGAAUCACCCAGUUUGCAGAUCUGGAUGCCACAACCGAUGAAGACUGGGACAGGUGCUGGUCUACCAAUGUCAAGAGCAAUCUGUGGCUUUUCAAGGAAGCCCUUCCCACCUUUAACGCAAACCCGGAGGGUGGUGUGUUCCUGAUCACCUCCUCGACCGCGGCUGUAAUGGCCAUGGGGAGUAGCUUGCCAUACUCCGUGACCAAAGCAGCAGGGCUGCACCUCAUGAAAUGUCUUGCGCAGACACAAGGCAACAAAGUCCGGGUCAACGCGGUUCUGCCUGGACUGUUACUCACCGAAUGGGGUCAGCGUUUCCCUCCUGAGAGUGUCGAGCGCUACAAGGAGAAGGCAGUUCUCAAUCGAGUGGUCGACGUUGAGGACACUGCCAAUGCGUACGUGGUGCUCGCCCAGAACUCGUCUAUGACGGGACAGUCCAUCCAAAUCGAUUCCGGCGUCUUUAUAAAAUGA